UGAUCAUCAAGUCUCCUCCCAUUGGUUGUCACAAGACGGGUGAAGAAAUGCCACCCUGGUUCGUUUUUAGUUUCUUUCGUAAUUUUUCUUCUGCAUUUUGUCCGAGUUUGACUCUUGUUUUAGUUCACUAAACUUCUAAACCAGGAUGUGGUCUCUCUGGCUUGUCACCUUCUUGUCUGAACUACAGUUCACAUCAUCAUCAUCGUCUUCCUUUUUCUCCCGCUCUCCUUUUUUAACUGUGUGGAAUGCCCCGACCGCCAGCUGCCUCUCUCAGCAUGGCGUCGACCUCGACUUGGGGAUGUUCAGCAUUGUCUUCAACCAGAAUCAGACGUUUACCGGUGAAAACAUCACCAUUUUCUACGGGGACAAGCUGGGUCUUUACCCCAGAUACUCUGAUCGGGGGGAUCCUGUCAACGGAGGGGUGCCCCAAAACUGCAGCCUGGAUGAGCACCUCCGAGCAUCUCGCUCCAACAUCAGCACCUUCAUCCCUGACGCCGCCUUCCAGGGGCUGGCUGUGGUGGACUGGGAGAGCUGGAGACCCGUGUGGGAGAGAAACUGGGACAGCAAACAGGUGUACUGGGAGGGGUCGGAAGCACUGGUGAGAGCCAGGCACCCAGACUGGAGCCCUGCGCGGGUGAAUGCAGCCGCCCGUCUGGAGUUCAUGGAUGCUGGAAGGAAAUUCAUGGAGGAAACCGUGAAACUGGGGAAAAAGUUAAGACCAGAUGGUCUGUGGGGUUAUUACGGAUUUCCUAACUGCUACAACUCCUACAAAAGCCCCAACUACACGGGGGAGUGCCCGGCUGUGGAGAUGAAGCGGAACGAUGAGCUGUCCUGGCUGUGGAACGCCUCCUCCGCUUUGUAUCCGGACAUCUACCUCAGCACUGAGAUGCGAGGCCUCGGAGGAGAGGUGCUCCUCUACACCUACCACCGGGUCCAGGAGGCCCUGAGAGCUGCAGCCGGGGUUCCUCCUGCCGAUCUGCCCGUCUUCCCCUACGCCCGCAUCGUCUACACUUACACGCUGGAGUUCCUCUCUAUGGAGCACCUGGUCUACACUGUUGGGGAGAGUGCUGCUUUGGGAGCUGCAGGGGUGGUCCUCUGGGGGGACAACAACUUAUCCAAAUCUAAGGCCACUUGUGAAGCUGUCAAAUCCUACAUCGACGAGGUUCUGGGCUCUUACCUGGUCAACGUGACCGCCGCCGCAGUUCUGUGCAGUCAGACCGUCUGUUCGUCUCACGGUCGAUGUCAGAGGAGAGACUCGACAUCCAGGGCGUAUCUGCACCUCAGCCCUGCAGCGUGGAAGGUGGUUUCUAAGAGGGAGCCCGGAGGAAGGAGAAACUACACCGUUUUAGGAGAGAUGUCAGCGCACAACAUCCAAGAAAUGAAAUUAAAGUUUCAGUGCAUGUGCUUUCCUGGAUGGAGUGGUGGGAAUUGCUCAAAAGUAAUUCCAAAAUAACUUCUCUUUUUACAUCUUUUUUUUGUGGCAAUACAACUGGAAUGCAAUCCAACACUGAUAGUUGCAAUAAUGAGAAUUUAUCAGUUUUAUCUUAAAACUUGAUUACAUAAUAAUGUUCAUAUCAACACUUCAGGGAGUAAAUUUUUUUCUGAAUGGACCCUUAUUACAAACAAGACGACUGCCUUCUUAGUAUUUAUUAAGUUAGCAUGAACCUGUAAACAAUGAUAAGCAGGUAAAUUCAAUAUUGUGUGUUAGUGUGCGGGUGUCUGUGUAUAACGGUGUGAAGUUGAGCAAUUAAUUCCCUUUGUGCAAUUUAAGAGAAAUUUUGCAAUUAUUGUAAAAAAAAAAUAAGUAUCACACAUACAAACCACAACAAUGAACUAAAAAAAAUAAUAAAAAA